GCCUGGGGAACGGACGCCAUACUGACUUCCUGAAGGGCGCAGCCUUGGUGCAUGACCCAUCACCUGCCUGCAGCCAUGGAGAGCCAACAGAACUUCCGGAGUCUCCAAGCCAGAUUCCAGGCAUCUCAGCCCCAGUCCAACGAACCCCCAAGAAAACCCCCCAAGCCCGAGGUCAACAGGCUGAGGAAGUUUCCACCGCCCGAGGUCGCUGAUGUCUCCAAGAAGCCCCCGCCACCCGAGGUCCCUGAGGCCGCUCUGAAGCCCUCUAGGCUAGACUCCAGCCAUCCUGCCAAGCCCCCCGCAGAACCCAAACCCAGCCCGUUUCCCAAGAAGCCCCUGCCGCCUGAAGUCCCUGGCCUUGCUAGGAAGCCACCUGAUGUCUUUGAGGCUGCUCUGAAGGCCGCUAGGCCAGACCCCAACAGCCCUGCCAGGGCCCUCUCAGAACCCAAACCUAGCCCCUUUCCCAAGAAGCCCCCGUCGCCCGAGGUCCCCUGCCUCCCCCCGAAGCAGCUGCCACAGCCCAAGAUGAGCAAGCUCCCUCAGAUGCCAGAGGCCAUGGGGGAGCCCCAGUCCUGUUCUCCGCAGCCUAACCCACACAUGUUGCACCCCAAGAAGCCCCCGCAGCCCGGACUGGGCAGCCUCCCCAGGACAUGCUCGGAGCCCGAGGUCAGCGUGCUGGCCGAGAGGCCACGGCAGCCAGGGCUCCCUGUGCCAGCGGCAAAGCCCCCACAGCCCGGGCUGGGUAGCCUCCCCAGGACAUGCUCCGAGCCCGAGGUCAACGUGUCGAAUGGGAAGUCCCCAGGGCCACCCAGGCGCCCAGCAGUCCCCCGCAAGGUCUCCCAGCCAGAGCCCAACACACUGCCCAAGCAGCGCCUGCACCCCCACUUCCUGGCUGGAGUCCCUAGGAAGCCCCCACUCCCAGGCUCCGUCUCUGACAGUUCACUGCCCAUGGUCAUUGCGCACUCCGGUCCCCAGUUCCUCCAGCUCAGCCCUGGGUUUGCAGUCCCUGGGAAGCCCCACUGGGGAUCUGGAGGCCUCACUCACAAGGAAGGGUCAAGGUCAGAUCUCAGGGCCAGCUAUCCACCCCGGCGGAGGCCCCUCCCCGCUGCCAGCAGCCUGGGACCACCCCCAGCCAAGCCCCCGCUGCCCCCAGGCCCGGUGGACAUCCAGAGCUUCCGAAAACCAUCAGUUACAGUAGCUACAGCUCUGCAGAGGACAAGCCCCCCUGCUGGGACCCCCUCCCAGGCUCUACCGUGUGGCCACCCCAAGCCGGAGCCUGAAUACAUCUAUGAGUUUUACGAUGACCUGGAGCCCAGGGAUCACGGCAGCUCCAGCCCCAGCCCCAGCCGGAGGGGCCCAGGUGACACGCCCAACACCAAGCCAGCCACCAGACCACCCAAAGAUGUGGCACCCAGGAAGGAGAGAGUGCCCCAGUCACAGCAGUCGCUACCCACGGACGCCAAGUUGCUGAAACAAAUCAGAAAGGCCGAGAAAGCCGAGAAGGAGUUCCGGAAGAAGUUCAAGUUUGAAGGGGAGAUUGUGGUUCAGACGAAGAUGAUGGUGGACCCUAAUGCCAAGGCGCGGCGCGGCGGGGGCACACACCUGGGCAUCCGGCGGGGCGAGAUCCUGGAAGUCAUCGAGUUCACCAGCAAGGAGGAGAUGCUGUGUCGGGACCCCAAGGGCAAGUAUGGCUACGUGCCCAGAACAGCUCUGCUGCCCCUGGAAACGGAGGUGUACGACGACGUUGGCGUCUGGGGUAUGUGGCCCCCUGGGGGUGACUCUCUGGAGAGCGGGCCCUUCCCCCGCGAACAGUAG